AUGUCUGGGGACGAGGUGAGCGUUGAAUUGGCCCCGGCGUGCAUCCUGUCCCUGGUUUGCUUCCUUGUCUCCCUCGCCCAACCCCCAGCUCCACGCUGGAAAGGAUUGUAUUUCUUCUCUGCCGCAGAGCCUUCUAGCCUGGUUCUUGGCACAGAGAAGAUGCUAGGCUGGUGUUUGGAAAGACGCCAGGGGGAGUCAGGCCUGGAGAGGCUUGAGGACAGAAGCCCCUUGGCGGCUGGCUGGGAUGUCGUCACCGCUGCCGUGUGGGGGCAGGUGUGUGGCUUUUGUCACAGUGUCCCAGCAGGGCCUGGCAACCAAACAGUCGAGGCUUCCAACACCACUGUGAAACCAUCGGCGACUUCAACUACCGAAGUCUCUGGCAAUACCACAGCCUCCACCACGAAGUCCACAGCAACGUCUAAAAUGACAACGCCUGCACUGGUCCCAACAAAUAUGACUUCUACAGCCAAACCGAGUAUUCCACAAAACACAACUCAGGUGUCAACAUCCACGAUAGCCACAGCCCACAAUAGUUCGGUGACAUCUGUUUCCUCGUCAGUAACAAUCACAGCAACCAUUCAUUCUAAAAGUAAAGGAUCAAAAUUUGACACUGGGAGCUUCGUUGGUGGCAUCGUAUUAACCCUGGGUGUUUUAUCAGUUCUUUACGUUGGAUGCAAAAUGUAUUACUCAAGAAGAGGCAUUCGGUAUAGAACCAUAGAUGAACACGAUGCCAUCAUUUAAGGAAACCCAAGGGCCGAGGAAAGAUGAUGGACGCAGCCCUGUCGAUUAAUCUUGGUUUAUUCAUAGCCGAAAACAACGUUCUCUUCUUGAAAGUAAUAAAUAGGCCAUGCACAUAAUGGAUAACAUAAAUAUGUAAAGACUUUUCAUGAUUCCUAAAGGUAAAAAAGAUCUGGGUUUUUUAAUAAACAUUUGGCGCUUACAGACAGUUAACACAAUGGUUCUGUUCACUUUUAGCAAAUUUAUGGUAAGAUAAACAUGUUCUGUCUCAUGUUUUUGUGGCAUUGGUCACAUAGGACCAGUAACUGAAAGGCAAGAUGCCAUCUGCGCAUACAAAAAAAUUACUCAUGCCACACAACAGAAAUUGUCCAAUCAAGUAAACCCAGGUCUGAAGCAUAAUGUAAGGAAAGCAUCAACGGUUUGUAUAUGCUUUCAAGUGUAGUAGCUGGCCUAGAAACAAAACACAACACAAACAAAACACACAGUAUCUUCACAUAAAACCCAAAACUACCUGGAUUCAGCCGUAUUAGAGAUCCAUUGGAGCAUUGGAGAGCGUGUAUUUUUAUUCAUAACUUCUUUUGAGCUUUCAGUGUUAGUUGAUAGAGUUUUUUUUCUCUGCAUAAUUUAGAUAAACUGCAACGUUUAACAUGAUAAUGUUUUAAAGACUUAGUUGCUAGUGUUAAAUAAUCUUGGCAUUAUAGGGGAAAAAAGUUCGUGCAAGUUAGGUUCUUUGCUGCUGUGAGAAUGUUGUCACCACUGGAAACGGCUCUAGUUCAUAUUUGUUUCUUAAUUUUAUGUUCAGUGAAUAUUUUUAAGAAAUGUAGAGCUGCUUUCACUGUCUAGAACUUUUCAGUAGAGCGCAAACUGACUUUAAGAAAGGGCCCCAGUUUCCAAAACAACAUUUAGAAUUCUGUAGAGUCAGAACUGUGGUGAGUGCUGUGUCGAUGAAGCUAGGGAGUGUGGGGCUUUCCCCGGGUUAUUCCCCGGCAGGAUGAAAAUGCUGCCUUUUCACGCACCGUCGAUCUGACUCCGAUUUGGGGAAAUGACAUUUUUACGCUAAAACAGCAACAUGUUUUAGAGUGCGUUCUUAGGAAAUUCUAAGAGCGGGAUUUUUAGAUAGGAAAUUUCCAGCUUCCUUAUUCGGGUGUAUUCCCAGACCCGGUCCUCUUACGCCACAACUGAAGGGGGAGGGUACGUUUCAGAUGCUUCGUGUUGAUGGAGAGAAAAAGCACAGUAUUGUAGCAGCACCAGUGUUAGCCACUAUCCUGAAGUGUCUUCAGUUUUCCAGAUCAUAUUCCAGCACUUGAAUCUCAGGGUCGAGUUUUAAUGAUAGAGGUAUUUAGUCACAUUAAAUCCUAAGAAUUUCUAUUUAAGAGGGCCAAAGUAAGUCACAGCAAUUUCUAAAAGUCCAAAAAUGGGUGUCCUAACGAACAUGCACCUGAUUUAAUAGGAAUAAAAUAAGCCUUUGUGGUCAGCUUUUGCUUUGCAGAGAAUGCCAGAUACAAAGGUUUUUGAAAUGGAUCAUUUCUGCUUGCUGUGCGUUAUAACCAGUGAUCUGAUGAACAGGGAUAAGAAUCCUUCAAAAUACGUAUAUGACUGGAUAUACGUUUUGUGAAACACGUUUGCUCAGUUUGAAGAGAAACGCGGGCUGACAAGUGAGCUGUAGGUUGCUGACUUGGCCCUAACUGGUUAUGCAACCACUGCUUUCAUUUCUUUGCAAAACGUAGUUAAGAUCUGCUUGAUACUAAUGAGGGCCUUUUAAAUUUGUUUUGUCCCCUACACGCUUAAGUCAGUUAGAACUUUGUGAAUCGACCUGAAGUUUUUUCUUGAAUACUUGUUUCUUUAGCACUUUGAAGAUAGAAAACCACUUUUUAAGGACUAAAUGUUAUUAGCUGCCUUGAAAGUUUCUCUGCUGGGGGUUUGAAAUAGUUUAGUUAUGUCUUUUCUCUAUGUCUAUAAGUAGUAUAAUUUGUUACAUUCAAAUACUAGUGCUAUCAACGCAGGGUUUUUUUUUUAACUGUAAAAAUAGAGGGAAAUGGUUAUGCAAAACAACAUAUUUUGCUUUUGAACGUAUUUCCUAAGUACAGAUUUAUCUUCCUAAUUAUGUUUACUUCAGCAAAUGCUCAAUUUUGUUUGCAUUCCUUGAGAAUGUAUUUAUUUGAAGAUCAAAACAAUUCGGAUGUAUAUCUAAAUAUUAGGCAGAAGCCAAUCUGUGAUUUUGAAAUGUCCUUGAAUAAUCCAUACAUAAAAAGGAGACAGUAAUACAAAUACAAAUAAAUGAGAGUUGGCAGUAUACUAUAGUGAUAAUUUUGUAUUUUCAGAAAAAAAAGGAAACUCCUGUUAUUUUUUUUUCCUUUUUAUUAUAAUGACCAGCUUUUGGUAUUCAUUGUUACUAAGAUCUAUUUUUAGAAUAAAAUUUGUUCUCCAUUUAAGAGUU